GAGAGCAAUCUGUUCCCACUGGCCGGUUGCGCGUCCUGUGCGCCUGACAUGAGCGCGGUGUGCGAGAGUUACCACUCCAGGGAAAAGCUGUUCGUGGACAGCUUCACGUGUCCGAAGGCGGGGGGCGAGUCCACGGCGGUGUUCUGCUGCGGCUUCAGUGACUUGAAGUACUGCUGUGAUGACCCGAACAGCUUCUUCCCCUACGAGUAUGGAUACAUGUGGUGGCUGAGCCUCGGAGCUCUUGUGGGUCUCUCCGUUGCGGCUGUGGUCCUGCUUGCUUUCGUCAUCACUCUGUGCGUCCUCUGCUACCUGUUUGUCACCACCAAACCCAGAGGUCUGGACAGCGGACUGCCCCUUCGAGCACCAGACGCCAUCAUCAGUCAACAAGGAGCGGGAGCCAGCCACAGCAGCGCCCCUGCUGGCCCACAAGGCCUCAGGAAACACUUUGUAAGAGGCAAGCUAGACUGUGACAACCAGCAGCCAGACCCCGACCGCCUUUUCCAACGCUGUUUCAUGGCCACUGUCACAUCCAUCAAUGUGGAGAACCCUACAUAGGACGACACUUUUUUCAACAUUUUGGAUUUGAGUUAACGUCUUUUUUCUUCUCUGCCCCUAUAGUAUAAUCUGAGUUGUUGUUGUUUUUAUUUUAUCAACAAACACAGUAUUAUGUAAUUCAACAGAACAAAAUUGCAAGUGCAAAAUCUUUAUUGUGGCCCCUAUCUGUGGGAAAACCUGAACUGCAAGUCCGAUUUUUGACAUGUAACAUUUAGUAUUUGAGGUUUAGUUCUGUAGCUGUUUAAUUAGUUAACAUUCAAGUAACCAUUAUAUCUGUCAUGAUUUUAAAAAAUGGAAGCUUUACUGCCCAUAACAAUGAACAAAAAUAAUUGAAAUUCCGAUGGAGAUUUAUUCUUGUUUAACAGCUCAGAUUAUCAGAACUAAACAGGCAGAUGGGAAACUGGUUCUCUAAUAGGAGAAAAGUGAACACUUGCUUUUCUGGGAUUGCUGUUGUUAAGCCCUUAUUUGGUAUAUGAUUUACUUCAUGUCGUUAAUUACUUGUACUUUUAUUUAGCAAAAACAAUGUGAGCAGUAAAGUCUGUUUAUCACCAUCUAUCCUGUAAUUUUACACAUUCUGCUCAAUUCCCUAAAAGCUGUCAGUAUUCUUUGAGAUCUGAAUAGACUUUAUAACCACAGUCCAUUAGCACAUCUUUUCUCUUGAAUCAUUUACACAGGCGCACAUAUUUAGCUCAAAAGAGAUUCAAUGUGGGGAAAAUGAGGACUGAAAGCAUAUAAUUUGGUGAUAAAAGUGCCUAAUAUCUUUAAAGCUCUAGAAAAAAAGCAACAUGCAGUUUGUUAGGGCACCUUGGGUUUCAAAAAUACACUCAUAAAGGUUAAGCACACAAAUAGCUAAGUGGAAUGAAAUGGGUGAAACAAUAUUUGACUGUUGUGAGGAUUAUUAAUAUCAGAUCAAAUAAGUAAUAGGUGGCAUAACCUCCACCUUGGAUACCGGUGAUGAUGUUAUGAGAGUGUUGUCAUGCAGUCAUUCUAUCUUUUUCUACACUAUGUUGACACAGCUGUUGUAACUGUGUGCCAGAUUAUCACCAACUCUAAUCCAAGUCUAAGUCAAUUUCUACACAUUCCCUAGUAGUGGAACGAUUUAUACGGUUCUCUCUCUUAACAGUAUUGGCGGGACUGAUCCUCUUUUGCAUCUUUGCAGGUUGCAUUCACAGCCUGCAAAUCAAACUUUUUUAAGACAGUAUGAACAGCCCAUUUCUGAUCUUUUCACACUCUAAAAAAAUCUGUGUAUGUAUUACAUAUAGAACACAAAUAGAACACAGACACACUAUGAAAAUACGCAUCCAUAUUUUCAUAGCAUCUGCAGCCUGAACUGUUAUGUUUUUAAUCCCACUUUUACGUCAUUAACAUGAAACAUUCUGAAGAAGCCAGAUGCUGUAAAUCCGGACCUUAGCAAUGUUUAAACUUAUGUCUAAAUGUACGUGUAUCAAGUUUUAGCAAGUAUUUCUGCGUCAGUCAGUCAGUCAGUUAGUCAGUCAAACUUUUAUUUCAAAACAGAAAGUAACUAAAUUAUUCCGUUUUAUUAGAUAUGUAGUUUAAUGAUAUGUGGUAAAAACCCUCCCUUAUGGGUCUUUGUUAAAUGUUAAGUAUUUAUCACUCUCUCAGCUCAAACUGUAAGCGCCAAGCAGACCAUUUUUCAUUCUGCUAAAAUUAAAGUGGUUGCUGAAAAGUGAAGAGAAAAAAAGCAGCAAAAAUUCCAUUGCCAAUUCUUAGAAGCAUUAGUAAUCCUGCUGAAAAGUUCUGCUGAGAAAACCCACUUACACACUCCAAUCAUGUUACAGAUGGUCAAAAGGGACCAGCUCCAUUUUCUAAGGAUAUUAGAAAAUAUGGUAAGCACAUUAUAGCAAACUGAUUUAAUCUGGGCCCUCAAAAAUGAACACACUACGGAUAAAUUGAGCAACACGGAAUUACGGGGAUUUGAUCCUUUUGAACUGACUGCUUUCCCAAACGUUACCAGUUCCCAUCAUUCAUACAAAUGGCGCUCUUCUUUAUAGAUAGACCAAUGGCAGCUGUCUAAGAUUGAACUCACGCUGAGGAAAAUGUAAAUAUUAAAAGGUUAUUAUGGCUGCUAAAUAUUUAUCUGUGUGGCGUCUUGUUGUAUAAGUUUAUCACUUUUGCUUUUGUGCAGAUAGGAGAAUGUUUUUCACGCCUUUUUAAACCUGAAUAUACAUUCACAUUGUAGUUUUUGGCUGUUGAAUCAAGCAUAGAAAACUAUUCACCAAUAGAAGAAUAUGGUGGAAGGAAGUUAAGUGCCUCAGUGCAUUCUCUACAUCUCUUCGCUGAGGAUGCACAUGGUUUUCAGCCAUGUACACUCAUGGCUGAAAACCGAGAUUUGGGUCUUUGUUGUUGGCUUUUUGACCAAAGAAUGUCAGGCGUCUAUUUCAGAUCUCAGGAACUUGCGUCAAUACCUAAAAAUAAGCAGAAAAUGUCUCCUGAACUUUGGCGAUUGUCUGUUUUUAGCAACAUAGAAAAAGAAAUGGAUUUAUGUGACCUUAGUUGUGACAUGAAUUAUACAGCGAAGCUAAAAAUAUGAGCUGUAACACAUGCUAGCAAAGUGAUUUUGUGUCUUGGGCUAAUAAGCAAACAAGCUAGUAAUGCUUUGUGAGCCUCCAACCAUCCUGUUAGCAUUUGGCUCAAAGGAAAACUGCGCCUAUGAACAGAAAUAGUACAAAUCACUUCCAAAUUAGUUUUUGUCUUUUAAGCAAACAUUUUAAGUAGUAAUUAUUACAAUUUUAGUAGCAAAUAAGUUCUGCUUUAUUUAGCACUUUAUAGCACCAUUUCGUGUUACCAUUCUGCUUCUUUCUACUUUGAUUUCAUACCCAUUAACAGACAAUUGGUUCUAACCCAUAGUCUCAUCCGAUAUAAGACAUUCAGAACUCUUCACAGAACUACAUUUCCUCCUAGAAUACUAUGAGUAGAAUAUAGAAAGCUACCUAAAUGACUUUUUGCCAAAUAGCAGAUACGAAAUGUUCCAUCAGUGGGUACAAACUGACAUGGUUGGUAAAACUCAUCUCAUGGUUUACGAAUUGAUUGUGGAUUUGAAAAGACGGGUACAGGACAACCAAAACCUCAAUGUGAUUACAGUGCAGGUGAGGCCAUGCUUCGUUUUAUGCCUGUAAUUUCUAAACAUGAAUAUUACACCGGUUUUUAUCUGAUGAGAGGUCUGCAUAGCACCUAAUAAAAAUUGAGUACUGGAGCUGUUAGGUACAUGUUAUGCAAAGCUGAGAAUCUUCAGUAACUUCAACCUUUCACACAAACAUGGGCCAUGAAACAUGUCACUGUAAUAUGGAUCUUUUUUGCCAAAUGAGUUAAAAUAGUCAAGGUGAAAGAACACAGGGCCACCAAAAUUCAAACUACAAAUGUAGUCUUUUUAGGGAUUUUUGACUCCUGUUAUGAACAUGGAGUCUUCAUGAAUGUUUAUCUUACCAAUGUAUUUUGGUUUUUUGUUUGUUUUAUUUUAACAACUCUAACAAUCCACUAAUCAUGCAAUAUUUGAAAGAAUUGAAAUAAGAUUUUUUUUUGUCAAAAAGGGAUAUGCAAAUUAAUGCACACCCAAAAUACAGUAUAUCAAGGGUCUUAUAUUUGCCUUACUUACAGACAAGCACCUAAUUUUCAAAAAGUUUGUGGUUGAUUCUUUUCUGUCUUGAUCACCAAGAAAACAAAAUGUUUUGUGUGUUCUCUGCCAGGUUUAAUGCCCCAAGUUUGCGACUCUGUAACAAAUCCUAGAUCCUUGUGGCCCCAUUUAACGGUCAAAUUUAAACUGAAGCAUAAAGUGUGGCAAAUAAAAGACAAAUAUGUUU